UAAAUAUUCAGAGGACUAUGCAACACAAACAAACCAUUGUACUUGUAAGUUGUUAAGGAGAGGUUGCAGUAGUUCAUAGUCACAUCAAGUGAAGGUUCAUGUUCUCAGGUAGCUGGCAUUUGAAGACAGAUUACUGAAACAGUAGACAUUUCCUGCUCUAAUCAUGGAGGCAGCAGAUCUUUUAUGUGAUUCGCUCUUCCGCUGGCUGGAAAACCGAAAGAAAUGUGCAGAAAAGCUGUUGAAACUGGCACAAAAGCUGGAAAAAGUUAAUCGGCGCAGCAACAUUGCUCAGGGUUUUGGAGGUGCCACAGCUGUGCUCUCAAUAACUGGAGCAGUAGUUGUCGGUGUCCUCACAGGAGGUCUGUUCCCUUUAUUGGCCCUAGCAACAGUAGGCACUGUAGUGGGCACUGGAGUCAGCGUCACUCCCACACUGCAAAAGGCAAAUGUCUCCAGGAAGACCUUUAAUAAAGCUACUGAAUUAAUUAAAGAAGAUGAGGAGGUUGGGACGAGCAUUCAGAAGCAACUGCAAGAUCUGAAGGACCGGUGUGGAGGAACACAGCUCGGGGCUCAUGCUGAUGAGUUGGAGUGUGAGGUGACCACUCAACUGAUGUGGGCUCUGGCCAGAAGGAAUAAAACUGUUGUACCCCUGGACUUUCUCAGGGGUUUCAACAGGGCCACGUUCUUUCGUCACAUAACAUCAGGUGGACUGGAUCCAACCGAGGCCUUGCGCUUUAUUUGCCAAGCUCUGAACCUCAUUCGUGUCCCUGUGAUCAAGAGUAGCCUGAAGGUAUCUGCCGAAGAACAUUGGCCGCAUUGGCAUUAAAGCAGCUGUUAAAAAGCAGGAUCAAGGGCUUUCUUUUCUCAAGAUUUCUAUUUUAAGAAAAUUGCAACCUUGAAAUUCUCUCAAAGUGACUAAGAGAAUAAUUGAUUGAAUUAAAUUGAAUUAAAUGAUUCAAGAGAAUAAAAGAAAAAAUAUUCACUGCAUUGGUCUUAUAUCUUAAAGGGUUAGUUCACCCAAAAAUAAGAGUUCUGUCAUCAAUUACUCAAGAAUUAACAAAUUCUUCUCUAACCUGUCAGACUCAUACGCAGUUGACGCAGUGGACACAAUUCAAUGCUUCUGUGUUCAUGUUUGAACGUUACCUCUUAGGUAUCACCAAAAAUAUGUUAAUUUGUGUUCCGACGAUGAAUGAAGGUCUUACAGAUUUUGAAAGGCAUGAGGGUACUGGAUGCAAUUGGUUUAGACAGGUCUCUGAGCAACUUGAUUGUGAAUUGUGAAGAAAUAGUCAAGAGAAAACAGAUCUCGGAGGCCAGUAAGUUCUUACGGGAUUCAGCCUUAGAAAUACUGGAUGGCCAACAAGAGCUAAAGGAACAGCUGGAUGCAAUGCACGAAAUCAUCCAAAAAUUGUUCCGAAUGAAGAACCUCGUCAAGGACUUGGGGGGAUAUUCUCUCUGCCUGACUGAAAAUGGACAGAACGUAAUGGACUAUAUCAUGGGAACAUGUACAGACAGCACAGUUAUCUCCUGGCUUGAGGGAAUAACUCAUCAGAUUGAAUUAGUGAAUCUUCUAAGAUUUGUUCUGGAGAAUUUGGGUCCCCUUAUAAAGGAUUUCAUAAGCCCUGGCGGAGGUCACAUAGACAUUGUGAUUGUGGGUCAUGGCAGAAUUAUCAACCAAUUUAUGCCAGCAGGUGGCCUGGUGCCCACACCUACCAUCAGAGACACCAUUCUUUACUCUCCGUGGAACUGCAGCAUUGAUUCCUACGCUGCAUUUGGUAUUGCUCAGGGGUUAAUUGACGUGACAAACAGACAGUUUUACUAUACGAGCAAUAUGCUUUACUAUGAGCCGAACAAUUUGCCACAACGCUGGAAUAGCAUGCGAAGAUCUCUCCACAACAUCCCAGGGAUCCUUCUAUACCCUUUGACCCCCGAAGAAGAAGCAUGGACCUUUUUUCACUUUCUUUUGAACAAUGGAGGCUUGUUCACAGAAGACUGUGCUAUUAUUCCAUAUGUUGUCCCACAAAAUAUGUUAAAUGCAUUUGGAGAGAUCCCACUGUAUAUAUUAAUAUUUGUGACAUCAUUUAUACUCAUGGUCCAGGGUAAAACAGCUACUGUGCACCUGGCUGCUUGUUUGGACCGUGCGGGAAGUCCACCAAGGCGAGCGGAGUGGAGAAGACAGUAUGCCUACACAAGUGAUGGAACCCGUAUGACUAUGAACAUGGAUGAUUUUAGGCACAUUUCCUCUAGGUUACUCAAUGCCUUAAUGUUAAUGUUUGACAGUUAGGAAUCAUAGAUAAAUCACCAGAACAGCAUCUGGAUUAUUCCUGAUAUAUUACAGGGCUGGAGAGCGACCCAGAGUGGAGCAGUUUAAUGCACAAGACCAGCCCAUUUAUUCAUGUUGGAAGAACUUAGAUAAAAGAAGUGACAGUUUAGGUCUUUCUAUCCCAUCAUAUUUACUACCGACAUGUUUCAAAUGCAACAUAAAGAUAAAUAACAAAUUGCAUAUGGAGUAUUGUGCUAUGCUAAUUCCAACUGUAUCAUUAUGAAAAAAAUGUUGGUUUGCAUUUAAACAAACAUGAAGUAUUUCAAUUCACUGAGGCAUCAAUUCAAUUCACAUUUAUCUGUAUAGCGCUUUUCACAAUGAGUGGUCUGUUAUCAAGGGUGACUGUGUCCGAGUUACGAAUUUCAAAAAUGUACAUUUACAUAAAAUGUUGGCUUUCCCAUACAAACAGUCUCUGAGAAACUCAAGGAAAUGCAGAACAACAAUAAGAACAUGCUGGUGCUGAAGAAAACAACAAGUCACAACUAUUACAGACAGACUGCUGUGCUACAGUAUAGUGCUAUAUAUACUGGAGUUUAAUUACAGUGUAAAAUACAUUACUUAUUAUAGCAACUUUAAAAAAAAACUUACAAAAAUGUUGCUUUAAAAAUAAUGUAAUUUAUCAAAAAAAAAAAAAAAAAAAAACCCUACAUUAUAUAGUAUAUUAGUUGUCCUUAUAGAUAGUUAUUCUAAAGUGUUUGAUGCAUAAGGCAUAAAAAGCUUGUUUUUCUUUCACUUGCUUUCCGUGUAAAACAUGUGGGUUUCACCUGUGUACGCCAUAAUUAAUAAUCUACUGUUAAUAAUCUGCAUUAUAUACUUCUAUUAUUCAUUUUGGUCAUCAUAAGUAUUUAUAAAUAACUUUUGUGUCUUAUACUCUUCCAUGGUAACACUUAAACAUUAAUAAAGUCAUAAAUCAUUUACAAACUAUUAGUUAAUUCAUUGUUUAUUAAUAGUAUUAUUAACACAUUAUCUGGCUAUAUACAAAUUGUGAAUUCAUUCAUUGUUACUGUAUUAUUUUUUAAUUAGCUCAUAUGUAAAGGCUUCACUUUUGUUAACAACUUGAUGAAUACACCUAUCUGAUGCAUUUUAAACCAUGUAUUAAAGGAGUGUAAUAGCAUGUAUUAUUCACAGUAAAUAAAUGCUUAUAUAUAAAAUGAAUUUAUGCAAUUUGAUGCAGAAGUGUCUAUAGGAACACUUACUGUUCAUGGAAUUAAUGUUUAAUAAUGGUAGGAUUAAAGCACAUUAUGUGUCCUCUUUUUCAUUCUUUUAAUUACAUUUUAAAUCAAUUUUAAUCUGAUUUUUUGUUUUUCUUCUGCACUUGUGAUUAUUUUAUGAUUUUCUUUUUGUAAACCUUUUUUAUGUAAAGCACUUUUGUAUGAAAUGUGCUAUAUUAAUAAACUUGCCUUUCCUUGCCUUGA